AUGGCUUUAACAGCCAAGAAUAAGCUCAAGUUUAUUGAUGGAACGAUCAAGAAACCAUCUGCUGAGAUUGAAGAUGAAUUUUAUGCCUGGAAUUGCAGCAAUAAUAUGGUUUUGUCCUGGAUUUUGAAUUUUGUGUCCAAGGAUAUUGCGGCGAGUGUGAUUUACAUCAACUCGACCGAUGAUAUGUGGAACGAUUUGAAGGAUUGUUUUUUACAGAAGAAUGGCCCUCGAAUCUUCCAGUUGCAGAAGUGUUCCUGUGAUAAUCCUAAAAUUCUUGCUGAUCAUUCGCAUCAAGAUUACAUUUUUCAGUUCCUUAUGGGACUAAAUGACAGUUUUGCUCAGAUUCGUGGAGGAAAAGAGGAAAGGCAGCGUGAGAUUUAUAUUCAUCUUGUUCAAGUGGAAACCGCUGCACUGAUGACUAGAGCCUCAUCACAAUACCAGAAUCAGCAACAUCACAAUAGCAAAUCUUCUUUUCGUAAGGACAGGCCUUUGUGCAUUCAUUGUGGUCUGCUUGGCCACACAAUGGAAAAAUGUUAUAAACUACAUGGGUACCCCCCAGGGUACAAGUUCAACAAGAACAAGCCGAAUACCAUUUCAGCAAAUGAAGUCCAAGAAGUUGAUCAACCUCUUCAGAUUCCUCAACUUUCUAUUUCUCAAGAGCAGAUUCAACAACUGCUUUCUCUAUUUAAACCUUCAACUUCAGUUCCUGAGAAUUCCCCUUCAGCACUUCAAAGUAGGUAG